AUGGGUAGUCUAUCGAAUUUAGAGCCUCGUCAGCGUUUGGAUCUCCCGGAUACUCCGCCCGAGCUGGCGAGUCCGGGUGCUUCGUCACUAUCGUCCCGGUCAUCACCGUCAACAGAGCAAGCUUGGGUGCAACGAAAUACAGCAUCGUUUCCCAUGUCAACAUAUGACAAACCCACUGGCGCCGACGCCUCGACGGCAGCUGGUGAUAAGGAUGCCAGCAAAGACCGGUCAGAGCCAACCAACCAAGGCUCUUCACGGCAACAACUUCCCUCUUUGCAUAGUCUCUUCGGACCCCCCUCGGCUAUCCGGCCGCUCCAUUCUCCUUCUGAAAGAGAUACCUCGUACCUUGCGCAGUCACCUCUUGACCGGCCUAGGAUUUCUCCAGGUGUUGGACAAAGCGGUAAUUCAUAUUUUCCCCCAUCAGGUUCGCCUCCAGUCACACAGCCGCGCAGCACGUACGAUUCACGGCUAGACGCCCACUCUUUGGCUCGUUCUUAUUCUGGACCGCGGUCGCCAAAGUACUUCGAACAGCAACGCAGCAGAUCCGACUCUCGAGCAGAGUCUGAGAGCAGCAAGUGGUCGAUUCAUCAAGAUGUCAAUAGACAUGAGUACUCCCUAGGAUCUCGAGAUGCUCCGUUCCACUCGCCAGAUGGACGUACACGAACACAACUCCCUGGGUCAAAAGAUUCGUCAAGAGAAUAUUCUUCUCAAAGAACAGCCCAGCCCAGCUCCAGCGCACCGGCAACACCAGAAGGCUCUGCACUCUCAGAGGGAGUACCGACAAAGGAUGGUCUUGGUCCCAAGAUUUGGACGGGAACACAUUUCCUGCCACGAUUUGUUCGUGCCGCUGAUGUCCCAGGAGAAGGCACAUGCUAUUUCUAUGACGACGGGAGCCAUUGUAAGACUGUGAUCGAUGGGGAGGCGGUGAAUGCGCAUUGGGGAGUGACCAAGGCCGGUAAACCUCGUAAGAGGUUGGCCAUUGCCUGCAUCACCUGCCGCGAAAAGAAAAUCAAAUGCGACCCCGACUAUCCGAGAUGUGUCCAGUGCGAGAAGUUUGGGCGCGUGUGCAAAUUUAAAAAUGCCCCAAGAGGUGGACACAACACAUCACCUUCCACUCCCCCUGCUGAACUCGACGACAAGCGAAAAGCGGCAGGUCAGUCCAGGCAGCCCGACAUGAGGCUUUCAAAUAGUGGACCAGCAUCUCCAUCCUCACCUCGUGUUGUAUUGCAUCAACCAUCUCCCGAAGCGGGCUACAGCAACAAGAGGCUCAAGAUUGGCUCCGAUGCAUUUGUAACGAAUGGAGAGGCCGUUGCCACAGUGUCCCAGGCAAUGGAUCACUCCAAAUCUCCCCUAUCUGCCCAUGGAACGACAUCGGAGGUGCCUAGAAUUCCGGACGAUGUCUUGCAUCGGGCAUGGCGGACUGACCCGUACGUGUCUGAUCCCCAGUCAAUCAGCACAGUUUUGUCGCAGUUUUUCGGCCACAUCGACAACGCCAUCGUGAUAAGGUUCCUUCCCGAGGAUAUUUUCAAGUCAUGGGUCUCGUCCUCUGUUCAUCGAAAAUCGCCAGAUGACAUGAUGUUGCUGUACAGUGUCUUGGCUAUCGGAGUUGCUCUGUCUGGUGGCCCUAGACACAUUGCGUUUGAAUAUGCCCAGGUUGCUUAUUAUGCCCAGAAGUCUUCGACAACAGCCUCGCUUCAGCUGGUUCAAAGCAGAAUACUCCUGGCGUUGUACAAUGUGGCGGUCUCUCGAUUCUGGGAGGCCAAUGAGUUAAUUUCUUCUGCUACUGCCACAGGCUCUUGCUUGCAGCUGAAUGAGGAAAUUGACAGAUCAAAGGAUGCCAAUCUACACAUGUAUCCUUUCGGUAUGACAAGAAUAUGCUAUGCAGAGGCAAGACGACGAACGAUGUGGUCGCUGUUCAUGCUGGAGAGACUCAGCCCCCUAUUCCCAGAAAGAGCUGCCAUGAUUCACGCCGAGGACAUUUACAUUCGACUGCCGUCUGAUUCAGAGAGCUUCGAAAAACAACUGGACGCACGAAUGCCCAUGUUCAAUCCGUACGAGAGCAGUUUGAACAACUUCAACGAGAAGCCGUCGGAUAUCACAAGCCAUCUUGUUGAGAUGGUCCACAUCUGGUCGUCUUGUCAGUCUACGAUUCACAGAUUGGCUAACAGGCCCAACGCAUCGGACGCGGAAGGCUUGCGAAUUCGUACGCUUACCAAGCGAGUCCACGAUUGGCACUCUGCGCUGCCCUCAAGACUGGCCUUUGGUGGCUCGAAUUUGGAGUCAGCGGCGUUCUCUGGCAAGGUCGGAUCGUUCCUCACGAUGCACCUUCUCUGCCACCACGCUCUUAUUCAACUCAACCGAUAUCAUCUAUCAGUUGGCAAGUUGUCGGUUGAAUAUCGUACGAGCCACUUCCAGGAAUGUCGCGAGAACGCGAGGAGCAUUGUCGACAUUAUUGGGUGCCUGGACCGCAUCUUGCGUAUUCGACCAACAAUCUUGAAUACCCCUCCACCGGCGAUGGCCAUUGCCGUGACCACUGCCAUGGACGUCCUGACUUGUAGCGGGUCUCUAGGCACCAUCAACGAUGUGAUUGACAGCAUGAGGAUUGCGAAGACCGCCGUCGAUAGCAGCGCGAACAUCUGGGAGCACGCACGUGCUUCACAGGUGGCUUUGGAUCAACGACUCCAAAAGCUGUACCGAAUUCGCGACCAAGGCCCCAGGGCAGGCUCAGCUGAUGACUUCAGAGUCAGUAAUUUCUCCAGCGAUGGCGCGGAGCAACCUCACUGGCAAAUCUUCAAGCCGCUAGAGCAGACAUACUCCAUCGACAUGGAUGUGGUUUAUUGCUCACCGAAUUAG